AUGGCCGAAGAAUUUAUCGUUAACAGCCCUAUGAGCGAUGUCCACCCGCCAACCAAUGUUUCCUUAUACCAAUUUAUCUGUGGAAAUUUCGACCGCUAUGGAGACAAGCCGGCAAUCACGCAUGCUGCCACUGCACAAACGCUGUCUUAUAGAGAUUUGGGCUUACAAAUACGCCAAUGUGGUUCCGCAUUGCGACGACUAGGAUUUAAGAAAGGCGAUAUUUUAGCUCUCUUCAGCCCAAAUCAUCCUCAAUAUGCUGUUCUCUUGUUAGCGGUUACAGCCAUUGGCGGUAUCGUCACAACUAUCAACCCCUUAUAUACUGCUGAUGAAGUGACCAAGCAGAUGAAGUUAUCGUCUGCACAGUAUUUGUUUGCAUAUCCAACCAACGCCGAUGUAGCCUUGAAAGUUACCUCCAGGAUAGGCGCUUAUGUGUUUGGUCACGUUAAGGGAUUAAAGUCCUUUAACGAGCUAAUGAAAGAUGAUGGCUCAUUCUUUAAAAUGGAUGACACAAUCCGACCAAUGCAAGAUACUGUUGUAAUUCCUUAUUCUAGCGGGACAACUGGCAUCCCUAAAGGUGUUAUGCUAACACAUUACAAUCUAAUUGCAAAUUCUCUGCAACUGAUGCAUCCAGAUAUCAAAGCUUUCGAUAAUGACCGCCCGUCCUUAGGAUUACUGCCUUGGUAUCAUAUCUAUGGAUUAGUUGUUAUCCUUUUAUCUGGGCUAAGAACUGGUGCGCACCUAAUAAGCUUAGAAAGAUUUGAACCGGAGCUCUUUUUGGGAUCCAUUCAAAAAUAUAAGAUCAAGUAUGCCUGCCUAGUCCCACCAUUAUACGUAUUUUUAGCUAAGGAUCCUUUGGUAGAAAAAUUUGAUUUAUCUAGUCUGCAGGAAACCAUAUGUGGGGCAGCUCCACUUGACUCAGAUCUCAGUCAAAGUGUUAAAGAGCGAGCAAAGAUAUCAUUAUUACGCCAAGCUUAUGGUAUGACGGAACUUAGCCCUAUCUCUCAUUUAGUCAAAAGAGCUGACGAGAAGAAAUUUGGAGCCAUUGGAGUUUGUGCUCCUAAUACGAAAGCUAAGGUUGUAGAUGAGGAUGGAAAAUCACUACCACAGCAUGAAAGAGGAGAAUUAUGUAUACGUGGGCCUCAGGUUAUGAAAGGAUACUUUCGAAAUGAAAAAGCUACUGCAUUAACCAUUGAUAAAGAUGGCUGGUUGCACACUGGUGAUAUUGCAUAUUACGAUGAAGAUGGGUAUUUUUACAUUGUCGAUCGCUUGAAGGAAUUAAUUAAGUACAAAGGCUUUCAGGUGCCUCCUGCCGAACUAGAAGCACUGUUACUUACUAAUGAAAAAAUUGCCGACGCUGCCGUUAUUGGUCGACCGGAUUUAGAAGCAGGAGAGUUGCCGAUGGCGUUUAUAGUAAAGAAAAGCGAAAUAUCAAAGGAAGAGAUUAUUGAAUUUGUUAAGAGUAAAGUUAGCCCUCAUAAAUAUUUACGAGGUGGUAUUGAAUUUGCUGAUAUUAUUCCUAAGUCAGCAAGUGGUAAAAUAUUAAGACGAGAACUAAGAAAACGGGUCGCGGAGUUAACGAAAUUACAAAGUAAACUAUAA